AUGGAGGGGAAGAGACAGCUGUAUAAAAGGGACUUUGGUAAAAGACUCUCUCUGGACAGCAGUCUUGUGGAAUACAUGGACUCUAAUAAGUGCGUUGAGCACCUGCUGGCGCAGCUCAGGGAGCAGCACCGGAGUCUCUGGCGGGAGAAGUUGGCUGUGGCCAGGCUGCAGAGAGAAGUUGCUCAAAGGACAAACCAAGGGGCCAUGCAUGAGAAGCUGAUACAUGAGUUGGAAGAGGAGCGACACUUACGGCUACAGAGCGAGGAGCGGUUGCGGGAGGUGACCCUGGAGUCGGAGCGCAACAGGAUCCAGAUGCGUGGCCUGCAGCUGCAGUUCUCCAGGAUGGAGGAAACUGUCCGGAGUCUGUUGCAGAGCCAAGGGUCUCCAGAGCAGAAAGGGGAAGAACCUGCAAAGAUCACGGCCUUCCAGGAAAGAGUGUCUGAGGAAGAGAGAAAACACCAAGAAGAGCUGGCUGACCUCCAUUCAGCAGUAGAUGAAGACUCAAGAAGUGAAAGCAGCAGUACCGAUGAAGGAAAGGAAAACACCAGGCUGCUCUUGAAGAGACUGAAGGCCCUGGAGGCGGAGAACUCGGCACUGGCACUGGAAAACGAGAGUCAACGAGAACAGUAUGAGAGAUGUCUUGAUGAGGUAGCCAACCAAGUCGUCCGCGCUCUACUCACUCAAAAGGACCUGAGGGAGGAGUGUGUAAAGUUGAAGACCAGAGUGUUUGACUUGGAACAACAGAACCGGGCGCUCAGUAUCCUGUUCCAGCAGCGCGUGAGACCAGCUUCCGAUGUGCUUCUCCAGAAAAUUCCCUCGCGUGUCAUAGACCUCUCAUCUGGAGAUUUACUCUCAGAGGCAGGACGGAGUAGUUCGACAUCACCACGGACAGAUAUUGAGCUGCAUGAACACCUCCAGAAUGCAAAAUCAGGAACCCCUGCCUUGCGACACUCGGGCUCGGGGGUCGUCAUCCCUGACCACCUCUGUCCUGGGAACAGCUGUAGCAGCAGUGAACUCUCUCUAUCCAGCACCUGCAGCGAGUUCUCCAGUGACUCCUCCUACAAGUGGCCUGACAGGAAGCUCCUUGGGAAAAGGCAAUCAUCACAGAACUGGGAUAAAAGAGUGAGUAUCGAUUCCUCGCUCCCAAGUGGCUUUGCCAGCCCUGCAGAUGAACUACCUCCAACCCGCAUCAAAGAAAGUCACAUUUUGGAAGGGCUGAGGAAGCUACAGAAGCGGAAAGUGUUACUUGAACCACCGUCGGUGAUAACCAAAUGGGGCUAUAAAGAUUGCAUGAACUCGAAUGAAGGAAUCUAUUCUCCAGGAAUAAAAAAUAGCAGCCUCAAGGAGUAUCCCUCCUGCCAACCACCUGGCCCAGGGAUCCCCUGCAAGGGUCCCCAUCAUUCCUUUAUCUACGAGGCAGAUUCCCGUGAGAAUGUAGAUGAAGACUCCCCACCCUCAGCUCUGCUGCAGGCGGCUCCCAGCCAGGGCUGCAGGAUCCAGGGCAGUAAAUUAACCCACAGUGUUUCAGACAGUCUAUUUAGCUGGGAGCCACACGGAAAAUACUUUUCAGAAGGUCCAGCUUUAGUUCAUAUGAGAGAAAUGCCUGAAAGACUAGUUCGUUGUGCUAGCCACUGUCCCUUGGAAAGAAAGUUAUGCUGCCCCGGCAUCCACCUGCCCUGGGUGCAAAGGGACAGGGACCCACACAGGGACCACGUGGCCCUGAACCUUCAUCUUUCAGACACAGAUGACAAUGAAACCCUAAAUGAGCUGCACAUAGAGAGCAGCGAUGAGAGAAGUCCCUCAGACCUGUCGUUGACGGAGGACACAGACAAGUCCAUGGAGAACCUAGAUGGGGGCUCUGGAAAGUCUGAAUGGGGCUCUCAGGAUGUGGAGGAAGACUGUCUCACCCGCUCAGAGACAAGGCCAAAGACGUUCAGUUUCAUCAGGCAGCAAAGGGUUGUCAAGAGGACCUCUUCAGAAGAAUGCGUCACAGUCGUAUUUGAUGCAGAAAAUGGAGAGCCCGUUGAAUUCAGCUCCCAUCAGACUGGGGUUGUCACUGUGUCCAGGGAUGAAAUUUCCAUCAACUCAGCCCCUGCCGGACCCUCAGAACUCACUCAACUUUUACCUCAGGGAACUUCUCCUUUACAGCCGGGAGCUACCGCAAGAGACUAUCCUUUUUGGAAGAGACCUGAAGAAGAGACUGAGAAAAACAUUCCAAAAGAUGAGAACGGUAUUCCCACGUCUCUGACUGACUCCUUUGACUCUCAGACUACAGUAACUCAGAGUUCCCCACGACCAAAGCCCGCCAAACCAACACAAGGUGUAGCCUGGCAGAGUAAUUCUAGACCGGGGGCAAACAUGGGUGUCUAUGCAAAGCCAGGUCUGACAAAAAUUCCUUCCAGAGGCAAGUCUUCACCUCAGAAAUCAAAGCUGGUCGAUCCUGUGCCAGCCACACUGGUCCCUUCCAGUGACUCAGUGACUCAUGAGGAGACACCAGCAUCCCCUCCAGGGAAACUUCCGCAUUCUUUCUGUGAUGGACAGCCAGAAUCACACAUUCCGAAUCACCCCACCCAGCUUCCUCAUAUCCCCAACAUUUCCAACAAGAAAAAUUGGAUUCAGUGUCCCAAGAGUCAAGUUCCAGGGAUCCUGUCACAGCGUCUCAUGGGGAGCGACAACUGUGACGGAUCCCCCACGAAGGCCAAACGCUGUGACUCUGGGCCAGAGUCAAGAGUGAGGUCUGCCUCCCCUCCACCCACUCCAGGGAGGUCAGUCUCCCUCCUGGUCAGAACCAGUUAUGACUAUUCACCGCAGCCAUCACCUGCCAAACCCGAAACUAGGGUCCCUAGGGACACUGUAGGUGCAGGGUUGAAAUCCCCACCGUUGAAAGGAUCCUCUGUCCCUGUCAUCUCUCCCAGUCCAGCUGUGACAGAACCGCAGAAGAAGAAACUUUCUGUGGUCUCCAAAAAGCCCGCUUUCCCUCCCACUGUUCCCUCUACGGAUACAGUGGUACACGCUCGACACCCUGAGCACACAGCCUCCAACUCAUUUGCUGCGAUGGCUACAGCACCUCCAAAGGUCUCUCCAAAGAGAGGCAUCCCCAAACCUCCCCCUCACCAAGCACUUGGAACCACACACAUGGACACAGAGUUACAAAUACCCAAGACUUGUCCUUCAACUUAUGAACUGCUAGAGGUAGCAUCCUCGAAAAACCUGUCUCCAGGGAGAAAAGGACAGCUGAGUGACAGCUCUAUGAUACCCCACAGGCCUUCCUUCUCAGGGGCGAAUGAGUCCUUGACAUCUCAGGUUAACAGUCCCUCCCCAUCUUCCUCUUCCUCCAGAAGCCAGAGCACGUCACAAAGCCGUCAAAACCCUCCCGAGAAAGGACCGAAAACUCGCCUCCCUAUCGGACUCAAAGUUCUCAUGAAGUCUCCUCAGUUGCUCAGGAAAACGUCCAUGGUGCCAGGGAAACAAGAAAAGGAUAGUUUAAAUGAAGCUUCUAGAAGUUCUGUGACUUUGAGCAAGUCUAACCCAGAGGACUCCAGAGAUGCAGUGAGCCCGGAGACCUCAGAAGAUAAGAGAACAGCAGCCUUGCUAGGUCCACCAUGUCUGGACAGUUUAGCUAAGGGGCUUCCCUUAGAGUCAGCAUUACUGGGGUCAGUGGAAAGCAGCAUCUCCAGAGCUGAUGGAAGAGAGGGGGUGGAGAACAGAUCGGUGAAAAGAUCCUUCUCAUCCAGCAAGCCACACCUAAAGCCAGCUCUAGGCAUGAAUGGAGCCAAAGCUCGGAGCCAGAGCUUCAGCAUUCACUUGGGAGAGAAGCCCUCCAUGGCAUCAACAGAAGGGCCAGGCAAGAUUCGAACUCAGAUCAUUACCAACACAGCUGAGAGAGGCAAUUCGCUCACCAGGCAGAACCUCUCCACGGAAGGGUCCCCAGGCAAGACCCCUUGUGUCUCAACAUCUGAUAAUCUAACCAAUGGAGGGAGGCCGCUGGAACAGUCCUUCUCCAGACAGGGUUCCCUCUGUAGUACAGGGAGUUCUAGCAGCCAGCGUGGAAGCCCAAGCAAGUUCCCUUUGAGGAUGCUCACAAGGCCAGAGGAGCUCCCCACCCCUGGAGUGGAUGACCAACAGAUCUAUAGCCAGGAAGAAUGUCCUGGGGUGGAGGUGGUAUGUGAGCAAUCUAGCAGUGACCACCACAGGCAUCCAUCCACCCCAUCAGACUGCCCUCAGUCCCCGCAAAUCCCAGGGAGGAUGCAGCGUCCACACAAUUUAGAAACAAGUGGGAUAUCCAAGCUAGAAACCUCUGGACGGCAUCCAGAUGUUUCUCCAGCCGGGACUGGUAUCGUGAGCCCAGAAGCCCCCCUCUCACCCUCCAUUGAAGAAAAGGUCAUGUUGUGCAUUCAGGAGAACGUGGAAAAGGGCCAAGCACAGACAAAGUCAGCCUCUGUGGAAGCGAAGCCCAAGGCAGGGCCUUCGUUCACCAGCUGGUUUGGCUUUCGGAAGAGCAGACUUCCAGCUCUCAGUAGCCGGAGAACGGAGGUCUCCAAAAGUAAAGUGGAAAAGAAAGACACAAAACUAAAAUCGGAGAGGAAAAAAGAAAAGAAGAAAACCGAAGUGCAAUCCAAGGCAGAAAGUGAACUGAGUAGGGGCACCAAGGCGGGCGCCACAGCAGCGGCUGGUCAGAGUUCAGAGGAUGGUUUGCCAAGCACACAGAAUCUCAAAGCGUCCCAAGACAUUUAUAACGAAAUGAAGUUGGAGCCAAGAAAUAGACCCAGCCCUGCUGUGUGCUCAACAAAAGACGCCUUCAUGACAGAACUUCUAAACAGAGUUGAUAAGAAAGGAGCGCUGCAGACAGAAACUGGAUCAAAGGGUGUUUCCUGCAGGAGCCUGUUAGAGGGCACCUCCCAGGGCUCCUGUUUCGCCAGCGGCUCCGUCAGCACUCGAGGAAGUCAAAAGAAAAACAUCAAAACCAAAGUCGAUAUGGAAAAACCAAGAGAAUCCCUGGGGGCAGAAGUCCAUGAAGAUUUACGAGAGGAUGAAGAAGACAGAGUUGCUGACUCCAUGCUUCAGAGCCACGCGAUAGAAUCAAAUUGCCAGAUGAGAACAUUGGACAGCGGGAUUGGAACCUUCCCUCUUCCAGACUCAGGAAACCGCUCAAUGGGACGAUACACAUGCCAGCAGAACUCGCCAGAGGACCCUGAGCCCCUCCCAUCUCUCCAUCCAACCCCAUCUGUAGCUUCCUCUGCCAGAGCCCAAACCCUUGAACACAAAGUGCCUUGCUCCAUAGACAGCCAGAGUUCCUCGGAGUCUACCAUCAUCCAUUCCGUAUCUGACCCCAGCAUGAUGGCCAGAGGGACGCAGAGUCACCUGCCCAAGCCCACAUCCUCAGGAAAAGCCGUUUUCCAAAAGCAGAAUGAAGCAGAGUCAAAGACGCAGCCUGCCCCAUCGUUCGACUAUGUGGAGGAUGCAGUGGCAAGUGAGCCCCUUUCAGGGUGGGGUGAAGAUACUGCCACCGAGACCCAGGUGGUGGUAACACCUCACCCUGAGUCCCCUGUGGAAAGAAAGAGCCAUGAUUAAGCUGAAAUUCUUGGAAUACAGG